AGGGGCGCACGACAGUUCAUCAUUACACAUUUUAGAACAUGCACCGUACUGCGAAUUGUGAUGCCCAUAAUAUAAGCGGUACUUUUUUCCACAACUAUUUAAACAAUAAUAAAACAAUAAUCACCGGUAACAACUCAAAUUACAAUAACAAAAUUAAUAACAAUAAAAAAUUAUCACCGGUAAACAAUUCGCGUGAAAGUAAUAAACCAGAUGAAUUGUUAAAUUGGUACUGUGCGCAUCUUGGUGAAAAGGGCUGGGAUAACAUCUGGUCCAUUCUGCGACGAUCCCAACGUCAUAUAAACCGAUAUCAGUAACAAUUGUCACGGUGUUUUUUCUUCGACUUUUAAUAUCUCGUUAAAGAUAUCUUGAAUUUGUGAGUGGGAGGAGCUGGGGGGUGGAUAAUCGUGAGGACGGAGUGCACGCCAGCAUCAAUCAUUUUAAUGUGAAGGUGCGAGUCUUACUGUUGAGGGUACGUGGACUUGAAACUUUUACGCUGAUGAAAAUAUUGAAUGGGAUUAAAUUUUCAGCAGUUUUUUUAAAUUUUACAAGAGAGGCUUGUAAUUAUUAUUAUUCUAGUUAUAACUUCGAGUGAUACAUUAUUAAAGUACAUAAAGGAAUUGGUUGAUGAAUUGAAACUUAAUAAAGUCUAGUACGCUUCUUUAUCCUUAUUAACCAGCUCCAGUUUUCAUUGAUGAAGUGUUUCAUUAUAUUAUCAGCACUGAUGUCAAGCUUGAGUGGUGUUUCGAGUGCUGAAACUUUUAAAUUAAAACGACUGACUUUUAAAUAAUUUAUUUUAGUAAAGAAGUAUCUUCCUUAAAUGCACAACGGUAUUUAUUAUCUUCUGUAAUUUUUUAAAAAUUACUCAGCUUUAUUUUUUAUGACAAUAAAAAUAAUUGAACUUUAACUUUAACUUCUAUGCUUGUGAAUUUUUAGAUAGUAAUAAUAAUAAUAAUUAUUAUUAUUAUUGUAUGAUGGAAGGAAAUAAUUGAAGGUAAGAGGGAAUUAAUUUUGAUUGGAUAAAGUAUUUAAAUAAAAGUACUGUGUACUGGAAAGGAUGAGUAAAAAUCGAAGAUUUAUCAAUAGAAUAAAUAGCUGUAGAAAUGGUAAUCGGAGUAAAAAUAAAUAUAAGGAUUGAGAAGAAGAGACAAGUGUGCAACAAGUUAAGAGCUGUGUAACGGAAAGUUGUAUGAAGCUAAAUUCGCGAUGUGACAUGGAUAUCCUUGUCAUAUUCUGUGUCCUCAUCGCCACUGUUCUAUAUUACAAUACGCUACACGCUGGAUUCGUCUACGAUGACAGACGAGCCAUCCUGACAAAUCCAGACCUGCUGCCGAACUCCCCAUGGUUUCCUCUAUUGGAAAACGAUUUUUGGGGGACACCUUUACGUGACAGCGAGUCACACGGGAGUUAUCGUCCGCUGUGUGUGGCCACAUUUCGGCUUAAUCAUCUGCUCGGCGGUUUGAAUCCGCAGGGUUAUCACCUCGUCAACAUAGCUCUACAUGCGGCUUGUACCGGCCUAGUGGUCCGAGUGGCAAGAAAGGUUAUUCCAGGAAGAUGGUUGUCUCAUGCCAUCACAGGGCUGCUGUUUGCGGUGCAUCCAAUCCACAGUGAGGCAGUCGCCGGUAUAGUCGGACGGGCUGAUUUGUUGGCUUGCUUUCUGACUCUCGGGGGCUUUCUCACUUACGUGGCACAUUGCGACCAAACACGUUCACCGCUAAUGCUUCUCAUAGCGCUGACAUCCUCUCUCCUGGCCGCGUUCGCCAAGGAAACCGGCAUAUCCUCACUGGCGCUCUGUUUACUCUGGGAGUUCUGUCAUGGCGAGUCAAAUACACAAAAGGAGCGAGAAAAAAACUGGCCUCGAAAUCGGAGCGUCGGAAUCCUGUGGGGCGGCCUGAUACUAGUGAUACUUGGACGAGUAAAGAUCGGGAAUGCCAACACCCCGGAAUUUGCGACUGCCGACAAUCCAACGGCUCGAAAUCCAUCAAGACUGACACGAGCCUUGACAUUCCUUUACUUGCCAGCGGCUAGCUUCCGUAUGUUCCUCUGUCCGAGUACUCUGAGCUUUGACUGGUCAAUGGAUACCAUCCCGCGCAUAAUAACUCUUACGGAUCCACGGAAUCUUGAGUCAAUAUGCCUGUACGUGGGGCUGGCCAGCGCUGGACUGUGGCUGAUACACCAGUCAAGAAAUGCCUCCGGGAAUUCCAGUCAAAACUAUACCAAUACCAGCCCCAAUUCCAAUUCCAAUUCCAAUUCUAAUGCAAACUUGAACUUUAAUUCAAACGAAGUUUACGUACGCAACCGAACGAUGGAGAAAAUAGGAUCAUACCAGCGCGCCUCCUCAAAGUGCUCGGUCUGCGAUGGAAAAAAGUCGGGAAAUUGUCACACCGAAGGCUGUCGCGCGGCGAACAAUAACAACAAUAGCGACAGCAAUGAUUGCUGCUGUUCAACAGUUAAACCGAUCCUGCAUUCUUCCCACACAAGUUUGGCAUCUGGUAGCUGGGGUGUCGGUCUCACCAAUGCCUCCGCUGGCAGCGAUUAUACCAACACACCAUUUGGCCGUACCACUAAAUCAGCCGUCAGCAUUGUCAUCAUAUCACUGGGUUUCCUAGCGCUUCCAUUUUUACCCGCCAGCAAUUUAUUCUUUUACGUUGGUUUUGUCAUUGCCGAGCGUAUACUUUAUUUACCUAGUGUCGGCGCCUGUCUGUCUAUCGGCGCCAGUGUUGCUGAAACUUAUCGGAUCGUUCGCCACGGAUCUAAAACAUGCGGUAGAUUGAUUCUUGUUGUUACCGCCGUCUUGCUGGGGUUCAUGGCUGCUAAAACUUUAAGACGCAAUAUGGACUGGCAUGACGAAGAGAGUCUUUAUAGAUCUGCGCUACACGUUAAUCCACCUAAAGCGUACGGGAAUCUUGGUGGGAUAUUAAGCGCACAAGGACGAUUCGCUGAAGCUGAAGAAGCGUUCAUCCAAGCUCUUCGUUAUCGCCCUAACAUGGCGGACGUUCACUACAAUCUGGGGAUACUGCAACAAGCGAGAAGAAAUUACGAUGAAGCUAUUUUAAGUUACGAGCGUGCAAUCCACUUUCGGCCAUCACUUAUUCAAGCUUAUGUAAAUCUCGGUGUAACUCUUAUAUCAGUGGGCAGAAAAUCUGAAGCUGCGGAUAUAUUACGUACAGCGGCGGCAGUAAAUGGUGCAGGGUUAAAGGACAAAAGGGUCCACGAGGCAUCGAGAAUACAGGCAUUGUUACGUCUAGGCGCUUUGUAUGCUGACGAAGGGCAUCUCCACGAAGCCCUGUCGUCUUAUCGAGAAGCUCUGCAAGCAUUACCUGAUUAUUAUCCUCCACAAACGCUGUACAAUCUGUUGGGCGAGACUCUAUUAAAAAUGCAAGAGUAUGCAGAAGCUGAGCGGUGGUUCCGUAGAUGUUUAAUUCGUGAACCCAAUUUUGUACCAGCGCACAUUACCUACGGAGAGUUGUUAGCAAGAAAUUCGAGCAGAGUUCUUGAAGCCGAGAGAUGGUUUAUUAAAGCAACAAGGCUCGCUCCAGAUGAUCCGAACGUUCAUCAUCGCUAUGGACUAUUUCUAUCAUCUCAAGGACGAUUGUCAGAAGCAGCACGAGAACAAGUAAAAGCAGCCGAGCUUUCAAGAUCAAAUUAUGAAUUGACGGUAGCUGCAGCGGCAGCAUUGCAUCAAGCGGGACGAGACGAAGACGCUGAAGUAUGGUAUAAACACGCGACAAGUUUAAGACCGCACGAAGCACGAAGCCACACAAAUUUAGGUGCAAUAUUGCAUUUAAACGGCAAGUACCGUCAAGCUGUGGCAGCAUAUCGGCAAGCGCUGAGACUGAGGCCAAACGACGCGGCAACAAUUACGAAUCUUUAUAAAUUAAUGUCACUUAUAACGUGACGCACGGCGGGGGAUCCCUUGUCCCCCUUCGCCGCAACUCACUUUUCGGAAGGGAGACACAAUGCUAAAGACCCGGAUAAUUAUUCGGGCGAACCAAGGAUUAAUAAUCGCAUCUUCUCUUCCUGGUAUUCAGUUAUACAUAAAUUUGCAUCCUUUUUAUUAUUAUUCGUAAUUAUAAUUAUAAUGAUAACGAUAAUGAUAAUAAUAAUUAAAUUAAUAAUUGUGUCAUUAUUACGGCAUAAUAUCCUAAUACAUCAUCGGCGUGCGACUACUCAUUCAUACUGCCUGCUACAUAAUAUGUAAAAGAAUAAAGCUUAGUUUAUUUUUCUCUAA